AUGGAAGAACACAUUAAUCGAAAGUUUCAUUCGCGACUUCAAACCGAAACUGUCAAGAUGAAUUUAAGCUGGGGAAUCGCCGCAGCCGGACGGAUAACACACGAUUUCGUCUCGGCAUUGGACACCAUUGAGAAUUCCAAGCAUUCGGUGGUGGCUGUGGCCGAUGUGGAUGGCCAGAGGGCCCGGGAGUUUGCGCAGCGCCAUCAGAUUCCGCGUCACUACGAUGGCUUCGAUGCGCUCUCCCUCGAUCGGACAGUGGAUGUGGUAUAUGUGGGGACCCUCAAUCCCUAUCACCAUACUGUGGUGCGUCUGAUGCUGGAACGCGGCAAACAUGUGCUGUGUGAGAAGCCACUCUGCCUGAGUCUCAAGCAGGCUCAGGAACUUUAUGCGCUGGCCGAGCGCAAGGGAGUGUUUCUCAUGGAAGGUAUGUGGUCCCGUUUCUUUCCCAGCUACGAGCGAUUGCGUGAGCUGCUGCUGAGCGACAGCAUUGGCGAGGUGGCUCUGAUAAAGGUGCAGCAUGGAUUUCGUGCCACUGGUGUGGAACGCAUAAGCAGUCGCGCUUUGGGCGGCUCCAUAACCCUCGACAUAGGGCUGUAUGCCCUGCAAUUGGGUCAGUUCAUCUAUGGCACUGCGCCGAUUAAAAUCAAGGCCAGCGGCACAUUAAAUGGCGAUGGCGUCGAUGUACAAUCUGAGUUCACUCUAGAUUAUGGCAAUAAUAGGCGCCUAAUCGCGCGUGUAUCGGGCCUUGAGAGCUUGGAGAACGAUGCGAGAAUUGUGGGUAGUAAAGGGGAAAUUAAGCUUUCCAAUUACUGGUGCUGUACGCAGUUGACGAGGCCAAAUGGAUCGACCGAGUCGUGGCCCUUACCUACAACUUCUAAAUUUGAUUUUCAUCAUACAAACUCUUGUGGGCUGCGCUACGAGGCUGAGGAGGUGCGCCAAUGCAUUGAGAAGCGGAUGCUGGAGAGUCCAAAAUAUACGCAUGCGGCCAGUCUGGAAUUGAUUGGAAUUGAGGAUGAGAUACGGCGACAAAUUGGUGUUACUUUCGAUGACGUCAUUGGGUUCAACAAAUAAACAAAUCACUUUCAAAUAAAACCAUGUUGUUAUUCUAA